GAGUGGGUGUGGUAAAUCUACAAAUAGCCGUGCUCAGUGUCUGGCAUCUCUUCACUCCGUUUCUCUCCCAGUUGCCCAGUGGGACAGUUGUGUCUCAGCACCUCAAAACCCCAAGACAACCAAGCAGUCAACCAGCCAUGAGCAAGUCCUACUCCUCCUCGGCCCAGUCGGCCUCCUCGUACCGCCGCACCUUCGGCUCCGGCGUCGGCUCAACCCCCAUGUCCUCCCUCUUCUCCUCUGGCGCCGGCGGCCGCAGCAGCGCCUCCAGCCACAUGUCCUCCCGAGUCUAUGAGGUCAAGAGCACAGGUAUCCCCUCCUAUUCCGGCUACCGGGUGUCCUCUGGUGCUGGGGGAGCAGGGUACGGCUCCUCCUCAGCCAUGCGCACCUACUCCGGGGAGAAACUGGACUUCAACCUGGCCGACGCCAUGAACCAGGACUUCCUCAACACAAGGACCAACGAGAAGGCCGAGCUGCAGCACCUCAACGACCGCUUCGCCAGCUACAUCGAGAAGGUGCGCUUCCUGGAGCAGCAGAACGCCGCACUGACCGUGGAGAUUGAGAAGCUGAGGGGCCGCGAGGGGCCCGGCCGCGUGGCUGAGAUGUUCGAGGAGGAAAUGAGGGAGCUGAGGAGGCAAAUAGAGGCCAUCUCCAACCAGCGCGCCCGCGUGGAGGUGGAGAGAGACAACAUGGCUGAUGACCUGCAGAAACUGAAGCUCAGACUGCAGGAGGAGAUCCACCAGAAGGAAGAGGCUGAGAACAAUCUUUCUGCCUUCAGAGCCGAUGUUGACAAUGCCACUCUGGCCAGGCUGGACCUGGAGAGACGCAUUGAGAGCCUGCAAGAGGAGAUCGCCUUCCUCAAGAAGAUCCAUGAAGAGGAGAUCCGUGAGCUGCAGAGCCAGAUGCAGGACACUCAGAUCCAGGUCCAGAUGGACAUGUCCAAACCAGACCUGACUGCUGCUCUGAGGGACAUCAGAGUGCAGUACGAGGGCAUCGCCGCCAAGAACAUCGCAGAGGCUGAGGACUGGUACAAGUCUAAGGUGUCUGAUCUGAACCAGGCUGUGAACAAGAACAAUGAUGCUCUGCGUAGCGCCAAGCAGGAGUCCAUGGAGUACCGCCACCAGAUCCAGUCCUACACCUGCGAGAUCGAUUCACUCAAGGGCACCAACGAGUCUCUGCUGCGCCAGAUGAGAGACAUGGAGGACCGCAUGACCCGCGAAGCUUCUGGGUUCCAGGAUACUAUCUCACGGCUGGAGGAAGACAUCGCUAAGAUGAAGGAUGAUAUGGCUCGUCACCUGAGAGAGUACCAGGACCUCCUCAAUGUGAAGAUGGCCCUUGAUAUUGAAAUCGCCACCUACCGCAAGCUGCUGGAGGGAGAGGAGAGCAGAAUCACUACCACUGGGCCUGUGCAGACUGCUUAUUCCUCUAUUGGAUUCAGAGAGACCAGUCCUGAGUCCCAGCAUCAGCGCGCCUCAGAGGUUCACUCCAAGAAGACUGUUCUCAUCAAGACCAUCGAGACCCGCGAUGGAGAGGUUGUCAGCGAGUCCACACAGCACCAGCAAGACAUCAUGUAAACCGGAGGAGGCAACGCUAGAAACAUAACAGAAAUUCAUAAAAAAAUAAUAUAAAAAUGGACAUUUUCCUACCAAGAUUUAUAAGCUGAGCAUAUUUUUAAGAGACAGACUGCUGACCACUUCAGCUGAAUUAAACGGAGACACAAAAUGACAUGUUAAUGCAAACCGGUACACAUCUUCAGACAAUGUACAGUUCUGUAUACACCAUCAACAGGAUGCAGUAUGGAGGCACAAUGCACUGCAUUUAGCCUGGUUUUUAAAUAAAGGUCAUUCCAGGAACUAUGCUUUAUUCAUGCUACUUUCAUGAAUUUGUCAUAUCUUGUCUGCAAAAAUGAAUUAUAACAAGAAUAGAGUUUAAAAUCAACACAACAAGGCUUAGUGCAGCAGUAUUGGCCCAGUAUCCACAGGGAAGUAUGCAAGGUGCAAGAUAGAACAAUGGGCCUUAAAACAUCAGGUGGUCAGAAGUAAUAUUGUGACGGUACUUUUCAUUGCACAUAUUCCAAGUCUUUCUGUGCAAACGUACGAGUAUAUGGCUUGAUUAAGAGAGGCUUUUAUUUGUGUAACUGACUUCGGGAAAGUGAGAUGUUGUGUCAGAAAGACAAACAGCUAAUGAAAAGGGAACUCAGUCAUGUUUGAAGUUUGAGCUCAAUAGCAUGUGCUGGGUGUUGGACUGUGUGGGCGACCAUGUUAUGCUGCUUCACUGUGGUGAAAAAC